AUCCAAUAUUUUCUUUCCUCCGAAGCUACAUAUAAGCCUAUUCUUCCUCUAGUUCCUCAUCCACCUAUCCUCUUCUUUUUCCACUCCCCGCUGUUCUCUACCUAUGCCGUCCUCAAAUUCACCCCCCCUAGAUCAACUCUUCGCGGCCGCCGGCACUUCUCUCAACGACAUCCUGGAAGCCAUCCCCACUCCUCCACCAGUUCCGGCGGCAGCUCCCGCUGACAUCACCAUCUCCGACUAUCUCGACUCCCCUGAACCUUUCACCAGCGAGUUCAAAGUCGUUGACUCGCCCGUUUCGAUGAUCCGAUCCGGCAGAAAUACCCCGCCAUCCUCGCCUUCCGAUCUCCGACUCACUCUCAACAUCCCCCGCCCCGCCGCCCCGAAAGUGGAGUGGAUCGAACCAUCCGGAUCCGGACCCGAUUGGAUAGAAGGCCGGCGAUACCGCGGCGUGCGGCAGCGGCCGUGGGGGAAGUUCGCGGCAGAGAUCCGCGAUUCCAAACGAAAGGGAUCUAGAGUUUGGCUAGGCACGUUCGAUACAGCGGUGGAGGCCGCGCGGGCUUAUGACUGUGCCGCGUUCGAGAUGAGAGGAAGCAAGGCGAUUCUCAAUUUUCCAAACGAGGUUCGAAGCUCGCCGGAGAAGAGAAAGAGGAAGGAGGAGGAGGAGCCGCAGAUGCUGGCAGUGAAGAUGCAGAGAACAGAAGAGGCACAGAGGAAUCUUCCGGACGGUGAGGUUUUGACGCCGUCAAGUUGGACCGCCGUGUGGGAGAACGCAGACGUGAAGGGGCUGUUCAGCUUGCCGCCGUUAUCGCCGAUAUCUCCGCACCCAACGCUAGGGUUUCCGCAGUUAAUGGUGAUUUGAAUGGUAAUGGCGGGUAUUAAUUCUAAUUGGAAAACAAUAUUCUUGCAUAUAAUAGCAUGUUGAGCUGUAAAUUAUAUGUGACGUCACUCAGUAUUGUAGCUCUGUUUUUGUUCGUUCAGUGAGAGAGAAAAUCCUUGGGUGUGUUUGUAAAAUAUUAAAAAUAUUGGACCUUUGUGAAUUUAAUCUUAAAUUCCAACAUCCCUA